AUGGCAGGCCUUGCCCCCGCAAACAUGAACCGAUUGGUGGAGACCAUUAAGCAAUCCGGGCCGGUAGACGUCUCUAGACCGCUCGACGUAUCGGGGCUCAAAGGCAAAACAAUUUUGAUCACGGGCGGCGCUUCCGGCAUUGGGGCCUCGCUUGCGCGCGGGUGGGCGGCUCAUGGCGCCAGCAUGAUAAUUGGCGACAUCAACUCAUCCGCAGGCGAGGCGUUGGUGGCCGAACUGCGCCGGUCUGCGUCAGACGGCCAGUUCCAUCACUUCCAGCACUGUAACGUUUUGGACUGGCAAAGCCAGGUCGAGCUCUUCAAAGCGGCGGCUAAAGCAAGCCCAAGUGGCGGCAUCGACGCCGUGGUCCCCAACGCGGGAAUAGUAGACCCCAAUAAUCCCAUCACUGGCAAGCCAGGAUUCGAGAAUCCGGUCGGGCUGGACGGCGACAGACCACCGCCGCCAGACUUGAGAGUGCUGGAUAUUAACAGCACGGCCGUUUUCCAAACCGUCCAUCUGGCACUCUUCUGGCUGGCGCGAAACAACCCCGGGCGCGAUAGACACAUUUUACUCAUCGGGUCUAUAGCAUCCUUCUGUCCUGUUGUGGGAGAGUCUCAGUAUACGGCAUCCAAACAUGCAGUUAUGGGAUUGUUCCGAUCGUUGCGGGCUACCUCGUGGCGCCAGGGCGUACGGGUCAAUAUACUCUGCCCCUAUUUCAUCGACUCGGGCCUUAUGUCCCGCGGGGCGUUGGCCCUGUUGGCGGGUGGGCGCAUGGCGAAGAUGGCUGACGUGGUGGAUGCCGCGACGCGGCUCAUGGCGGACGACCAGAUUGUCGGCCGGGGCUUGGCGGUCGGUCCCCGCAUCAAGGUCAGGGAUGGGGAGGACGGCGAGCCGGUGGUGGAGUUGGGGGAACCCGAGGAUGGGCAGCGUGCCAUUUGGGAUCCAUACGCGCACGAUUUUGAGACCGUGGAGUCGUUUACUCGCAAGUACACGCGGAUUUUGAAUACGAUCGAGUACCUGAGAGGAUGGGCAGGAUGGGUGAGCGAUUUGGCUUACAUUUUUCUCUUGCGCAGUGGGCCGGAGAAGCUGCAGCCCACUAAGAGAUCAUGA